UGCAAAAUGGAUGACAUUUUGAAAGAUUUAAACCUUGGUACGUUAGUAUCGCGUUUUAAUGAUGAAAAGAUUACACCAGAUAUAGUUGGAAAAUUAUCGAAAUAUGAGUUGCAAAAUUUAGGUGUAACUGAUGGAUCUGCAAUAAUGAACCUUCGUUUGAAGUGUUUAAAUCAUGGUUCUUCGACUAUGUACCGAGCUCCUGGAAUUAGGCAAUUUAAUAUACCAGAGGAUAUUCUUCAAUUUUUUUUGGAAUGCCAGUUUACUGUUCGUGAAAUAGCAAAGCUCCUAUCAGCUUCCGAAAGUACAGUGUAUAGAAGAAUGAGACAGUGUAAUUUAAAAAAAAUAAACGUUUCAAACAUUUCGGAGGAAGAUUUGGACUUAUUGAUACAGGAGCUAGUGGUGGAAUUUCCUCGCUGUGGCGAAAAGAUGAUUAAAGAACUUUUAGUCGAAAAGACAGCUAUACAGGUGACAAGAUCACGUAUAAGAGAGAGCUUACAUCGAAUUGAUGAAAUUGGCAUAAAGGACAGAAAGAAGAGACGAUUGCAUAGACGAAUAUACAACGUGGAUGGUGUUAAUCACAUCUGGCAUAUUGACAGUAAUCACAAGCUAAUCCGAUGGAAUUUCAUUGUGUUAGGGGGAAUAGAUGGUUUUAGCAGAUUUGUGACUUUUCUUAAUUGCCGUGACAAUAAUAAAGCAACAACAGUCCUCGAUUCUUUCAAAACUGCUGUUGUAAAUUACGGGUUACCUUUACGUGUGCGCUCAGAUAAAGGACAGGAAAACUCAUUAGUAGCUGAUUUCAUGAUUAAAGAGCGCGGUCCAAACCGUGGAAGUAUGAUUACCGGGAAAAGCUGCCACAAUCAGAGAAUCGAAAGGUUGUGGAGAGACGUGUUCGAAGGGGUAUUGUGCUACUAUUAUGAUCUUUUUCAUUUCAUGGAAGAAGAGUGUUUUCUUGAUAUUUCAGAUGACAACAAGAUGUAUGCGCUGCAUCACGUUUUUUUGCCAAAAAUAAAUGAGAAAUUGAGCGUCUGGGCACAGGCAUGGGGAAAACAUCGCAUAAGGACUGCAAAAUCGUCGCCUCUCCGAUUAUUUACAGCAGGAAUGAUAAAUAAUCCAACAGAUUUUGAUAUUUUGGACAUUGGAAAUUAUGGAACUGAGGGCAAUUAUGAGGACAAUUUUAAUGACUACGACGGUAUACAAGAUACAAGGCCAAUUCUAGAUUCCAGGGCUUUUUCAGUAAAUGCAAUUUGUCAAGAAGAACUUAACUUACAUUGCCCCAGUAAUUGGGCAUCUUCAUAUUAUGGAAUCGAUAUUUAUCACCAAGCAGUACAAAUUAUUGAGAGGAAUUCUUAA